AUGUUCAUGGAUCGCGAAGCAUUAAUUCAUUUCAUUGGAGGAGCCGUCGGAGGAACAGCAGGUACUUGUAUAACAUGUCCACUGGAAGUGGUAAAAACAAGAAUGCAAUCUAGUAAAGGGAUCACACCAGUUGGACCGUGUACCAGUCAAGGCGGCCAGCACUCCGGCAGUUCUCCACCUUCCAUACCUCGUAAAACGACUGCUCCUCAAGGACCAAUAUCAUCAACUUACAAGCAUUUCCUUGAAUCCAACCGUCGUUUGGGCAUGGAUUUUCUCGGAAGAUUAGUUGGAACAAGUGAUAUUAGCCGUAAUCGUAUGUCUCUGGACUUGUCGCGAUUCGUGCAGUCACAAGUACAUGAUUCCUCAAACACUCCAAGGAGGCGAUUAAACAUAUUACGUUAUUUCUCCUAUAUUAUCAAAAAUGAAGGAGUCGGCGGUUUGUAUAAGGGAUUAUUGCCAAAUCUUGUCGGCGUUGCUCCAUCCAAGGCUGUGUACUUCUACUCUUACUCGACAAGCAAACGCAUUUGGAACGAAUCAGAAUUUUUCGUUCCUAAUAGCGCUAUUGUACACAUGGUGAGCGCUGGUACAGCAGGUUUCGUAGCCGCAUCUGCCGUCAACCCAAUAUGGCUUGUGAAAACGCGAUUACAACUGUAUCAAGGCAAAAGUACCAUUCUCUCCAUGAUUCGUCGAGUUUAUAAGCGCGAGGGUAUCAAAGGAUUUUACAAGGGUGUGACCGCUUCAUAUGCUGGUGUCUCAGAAACAAUGAUACAAUUUGUUAUUUACGAGCACUUGCGUGGCCUUCUUCUUCGUCACCACCUGGAAGACGACGAUAAGGGAAAAAUGGACUUUUUGAAUUUUAUGGUUGCUGGAGGUUGUGCGAAAUUUAUUGCAUGUGUUAUUGCAUAUCCUCAUGAAGUGGUUCGAACACGGCUUCGAGAAGAAUCAUCCGUGAAGCGAGGAUUCUUCCGAACCCUUUACGAUUUGUACAAGGAGGGUGGUCGUGCUAUGUAUCGUGGUUUAUCAGUUCAGCUGAUGCGUACGGUCCCGAAUACAGCAAUCACAAUGGGGACAUACGAAGUCGUCGUUUAUAUGUUGCAUCAGCUGUGA